CGCGGCCCGGGGGAGGCGGGCGGGGGCGGCGCGGCCCCUCCCGUCUCCAUGGCGGCGCCUUAAACAGGCGGCGGCGGCCGCCCCCGCCCGCCUCAGAGCGCGGCGCCGGGAGGGGAGCGAGUGACCGAGCGGGAGGUGACCGAGCGGCCUGGGGUGCUGCCAACACCCCGAUCCUGCUGCAGAGCCUCCACCCUCACCAGCCUUCCUCCUCCUCCUCCUCCUGCUGCCCUCGAGGGCCUGUGAGCAGCCAGCUGAGCUCUGCCGUGCAGCCAGCAGGAGCCUGGGUGGUGACGGGCUGAUCUGCCCGCUCGUGCAGCCCCAUGGCCGGGAACGCUGAGAUGGCAUCCCUGGAAGAGAGCUUCCGCAAGUUCGCCAUCUAUGGGGACACCAAGGCAACGGGGCAGGAGAUGAAUGGGAAGAACUGGGCUAAGCUGUGCAAAGACUGCAAAGUCACCGACGGCAAAAGCGUCACCAGCACCGACGUGGACAUUGUCUUCUCCAAGGUGAAAGGGAAGACAGCCCGUGUCAUCAACUAUGAGGAGUUCAAGAAGGCACUGGAGGAACUGGCCCCCAAGAGGUUUAAGGACAAGAGCAAAGAGGAGGCCUAUGAAGCCAUCUGCCAGCUGGUGGCAGGGAAGGAGCCCAUUAACGUGGGCGUGACGAAAGCCAAGACAGUGGGAGCCGUGGAGCGGCUGACGGACACCUCCAAGUACACGGGCUCCCACAAGGAGCGCUUCGACGAGAGCGGCAAGGGCAAGGGCAAGAGCGGGCGGGAGAACAUCGUGGACACCAGCGGCUACGUCAGUGCCUACAAGAACGCGGGCACCUACGACUCCAAAGUCAAAAAGUAGGGACGGGUGCCCGUGGCGCCACCGCCCCGGUCCCUGCGCGCCGGCCGCGGGGUCAGUGCACAGCCCCGGGACGUGCCCGUGAGGUGGGGCCUGGGAGGCUGCUCCGGGCCAGCCCGGGCUGGCGGGAUGUCGGCAGCCCAGCGCUGGGGGAUUGGGGAAGUCGCCGGGCUCUGCCCCAGCGCUGCGUCCGUCCCACCCUGCGCUGUGACCCCCCCCGCCCCUCCCGCGCCCCCCGUGCUGUCACCGCCAGUCCCGCACCGUACUAACAGCACUGCUCCUCAGGGCUCCCCCGCCCCGCCGGCACCCACACCUUCCCUACCUCAGCUCCGGCUUUUGGGGCACCCUCCCUUGUCCCACCGGGGACCGCAGCCUGUCCUCCCCUCCCGGGGAGCUGCCUUAGCCCCGCACCAGUCACACGCAGCCGCCUCCUUCCCUCCGCACUGUGCCCUCACCUCGAGGCCGCCUGACUCUGCCGCCCGGCAGGCUCAGCCCUGCCCUGCCUUUGUGCCGGGGCUGCCGGGAUGCUCCUGGCCCAGCCCCAGGACGCACCCCGGGAGAGUUUGGUGUUGCCUGGCCAUGGGCAAAGGUCUCCGACCUGUUCCCCGUGGCCUCCCGCUGCCUUCGUGAAGCCCAAACCAAAGGAUGCUGCAGACCCACGCUGUAACCCGGCUCUGCAAUAAACCCCCUCCGCACUGA